GCUGCGCAAAGAACUUCAAGUGUCAUCCUGAACAGAUAAGCCAGCAGACAAAUCAGAGAAUCCGUAGAUCCCUUCAGACGGGGGAAAAGUCUAUCCUACUGUGAGCUGACUUGUCGUCCUCCAACAUGCUCCGCCUCCUGCUACUCCUGUUUUCUGUUGUCACGCUAGCAGGUUCAGUGAUCAUCACUCAAAAACAACAAGUCAGCAUUGCUCAAUGUCCCAUUACAUACUACACGGAAAAGUACACUAAUGUUUAUACGGACGUCAGCAAUGGAAGACUCAUGAUCUGCUUUAAAGGAUUUUACAACCCUGGAAAAAGCAACGACUGCAUCCAAGGGCCUGUGAUUGACAAAAAUCAAAUCACAUUUAAUAUAUACCAAGAUAACUCCUUGAGCUCAACCAUCCGCCAGAAACUGAAACUCCUCACAAAUGACUUAAAAUGUUAUUCAUACUUUUCAUUUUUAAGUGAGGGAAGGACUACUGCCCUGAAAUUAUACCAGUUUGGUACCCAGACAGCUCUUGGUCUACAGUACUCUGAUUACCAGCAACCUGGGACAGGGUCAACAGAUUAUCCUCGGUAUGCUUACACUCUAGUCAACAAUGAACAGGUCCACUCUGUGGUUGCUAGUAAAGCAGCGGUUGAAAAUUAUGGAGAUAUCACUGGUUGCAGACUCAACGGUUUUGGUAUGGCACGUAAUACCGUGAAGUCUUUUCCUGAGACCUGCACCACAGGCUCUUGCAGCUCAGCUGCAGUGGUAACAAGCACCACCUGCGGUGACCGUGAAUACUGUGACGGCAAAGGAAGCUGCAAGCAAAGAGGACUCUGCACAGUGACCGGUCCCACCGUCAUUGACUUCAGAGGACAAAUGAACUCAGUGUCAGACCGGUGUGAGUACACUCUGCUGCAGGAUCAGUCUACUGGAUUCACUCUGAAGGCCAACUUUCUGGAACGGCGUCGCAGAGAUGUGAGCUUUGUGGACAGUGUCACUCUGGACUUCAGUCAGGGUGCUGACAUUCAGCUGCUACAAGGACACAGAGUCCUGGUGGGAGGCUCACCUGUGACCCUCAGUGGUUCAGUCCAGACGUUUAAUGGUGUUGGUCUCUCCAAGGACCAGACUGGAGUCACUGCCAAUAUUUCACUGGGAGGCGCAUCUUUUUCUCUGUUCUUUGAUGGAACAACAGCUCAGAUCUUCAUAGAUGUCCUUGCAGGUCACUCUUAUAAGGGUCUGUGUGAAAACUCCAGCAGUUUCUCAUCUUCAAAACUUUCCAGUGACUCCAGCUGUCAGCAACAGUAUCAAGAGAAAGUUGACAACACUGUUAACUGCACUGCUGUGACUCAACAGUGUAACAUCUUGAAAUCCCCACCAUUCUCCUCCUGUAAUGCUGUUAUUGACCCUCAGCCAUACAUAGCUGCCUGCACUGAGACUUUGUGCAAGUAUCCUGCAGUGGACGGUCUCAGGUGUCAGUUCCUGGGGGCCUACGCCAAAGCCUGCCAGAAGAGACAAGUUAACAUAGAGAACUGGGAGACAGCAGCUCAGUGCUCCAGUUCUACAGUUAUGUGUCCGGGCAGAACCUGCAGCGAUCAUGAGUUCUGUGGUCAGAUCGACAACAGCACCGCCACUGGAUGUCGCUGUAGAGCAAUUUUUGCCGCCCCAUACAUAAAUUCAAGCAGUUUUGGUGCUCCAACUGUCUGCCAGCACAAUUCUGCUUCACUGACUCUGGUGGGCUGUCUUCUGGAGCAAAGAGGCAUCGACUACUCCCUCUUAACUCUUCUGGAUAAAACCUGCAAGGGUCAAGUGGAUGAAACUACUCACUUGAUGACCUUUAACUUCACCAGCGAUAAUUGUGGGACAAUAGUUACUACCAACAACAGUCAAGUAAUCUUUACGAAUGCCGUGACCCUGAAAGAUAAGAUCACUCGAAAGGACCAAGCUUUCAUUGAGUUCUCCUGCCUCUACAAAAAGCCUGAAGUCAACCAUGUGGCCUUCAGAAUCCAAGACAGCCCAGUGGUUCAGACUGUCGUAUCUGGAGACUGGAAUCACACUGUGACAAUGAAAGCCUUUGCUGAUUCCAUGCGCACUCAAAUGUUGGACCCAAGCUAUCAAGUGCAGCUUAACCAAAAGAUCUGGGUGGAGCUGAAGAGCAGUGGGCUUGAUGAAAACCUGAUCUCCACGGUAACUGACUCCUGCUGGGCAACAAAUCAGCCGUCAUCCGACAGCUCUCAGAAAUACUUUCUGAUUCAGGAUGGCUGUGCAAAUUUUGAUGACCAGACAGUUCAGGUGGAGAGAAAUGGCGAUGGAACUCUGAACUACUUCUCCUUCAACAUGUUCAAAUUCACUGAUGAGUCUCGUGAUCUUUACCUUCACUGCAAACUGCAGCUGUGUCUUAAACAGGAGGGCAACUGCAUCCCGCCAUGUUCUGUUCAAACCAAAAGAAGACGCAGAUCAGCCAAAUACCAUCAGAGAGAUGCAGCCUUCCUGAGCAUGGGCUGGAGUACCUAAAUACCUUUUUCAGAUUAUCUGUGCGCUUUUUCAUGUGAAGAGAUAAUUAUUUUUCUUUCAUUUAAAACUUGAAUGCUUGAGUCUUGAUACAGUCAUUUUUAACAGGGAAGCAGGGAUUACACAGGAAACAUAAAUGAACCUUUUUCUUUUUGUCUUUUACCGUUUCUUUUCUGCUAUGAUAUGUAAUUACGGACAAUCCAAAAACCUGGAUUAUGAGCCCUGAAUUGGGCUUGAUCCUGUCCUGAUACAGAACCCAAAUGUGUUCUAAGAGCUUCCUCCACUAUCCUUCAUUAUAAUUAGCUUCUAAUGAAAUGUUUACGUAUAAAUGAAAAUAUUGUCUCUCUGAGGUUCUUUUCUUUUAAUAAUAGAGUGCAGUGAAGUUUAUGGGUCACAUUUACUAUUACUUAACCUAUUUGAUUUAUUACUAACAUUUUGUUAAUCAUUAAAAUCAUAUUUACUUGCUGA